AAUGUGAACUAUAUCUCUCAAACUGUUAUCUGUCAAAAUUACCACACCAGUCGCCGAUGUUGAUAAAAAAAAAUAUAGAAAAAUAAAAGAAAAACUCAAUUUAAUUUAAUAACAAAUACAAAUUAUUAAUAAUAAUCAUGGAAGCAAUAAAUCCAGCUAAAAACUGCAUUAAACUCCUUCAAGUUCUGCAACCUGGUUUCCUCGCUCCAGGAAUCCAAGGCCUCCUCAACGCCCAACAAGUACGCCACCGUCAGACCAAACAUUGGAAUCCAAAAUUCAAAAAUCUACGAAAACAAAAAUUCAUUAAAAUCGAUAUUCCCGAUUUUCGGGAGAAAUUCGAAGAACUUCCCAAAGAAGAAGUUCGCAGUCGUAUGAAAGAAAGAGGUGUCUUACCUCCACGACCAUGGAUGGAAAGACCAUUUCAUAUAAGUUGCACCGGUGGCAUGUUCGAACCCUACGUUCCUCCAGAAGGUGAUGGCAAAAAGUCCAUCAUCUCGACAACUGGAGCAAAGCAAAAAAUCGAGUUUUUAGAAAAAAAAGGUAAAAGUAUGAUGGCCGUACGAAAGAUUAAGAGCUUUGAAGAAGAUUUUGACAAAGACGAUUUUGCGAUCCUAGCUCAAGAAAUCUACAUUAACGCCCAUCAACUAAUGGCGGCAAAAAAGAAGCACGAAUUACGUCAGCACGUAACAGAACGUUGCUAUCCCGAAAUGAUUCACAACACGAAAGAUAAAACUAUUCACUGGCGAUUCUUGAAGUCAUUGGAGCCACCUCGAGUUGUUCAUGCUCGAUGCACUGAUAUUAUUACAAAAGAAAAUAUGUUUGCUCAAGUGACUGUUCGUUUUCACACUCAACAGCAGUUGGCUAUUUAUGAUCGAUUUGGUCGUCUUAUGCAUGGUUCGGAGAUCAUUGCUAAAGAUGUUUUGGAGUACGUUGUUAUGGAGAAGCAUAUUUCGAAUGAAUAUGGAGUGUGGCGAAUGCAUGAUAAGAUUAUACCUGAUUGGUUCCCAGCUAGACAGCCGUCACCUAUUACUUUUAGGGUAAUUGAAGAGGUUGAAGAGGAAACGAAGCAAAUUGAAGAAGCCGUUGAAACAAAGGAGAAGAAAGUUGAAGAAAUUCAGGCUGGUUCGUCGGAAACUCCCAAAGAAAAAUUGAUCACUGCUUAAGAAGAGAAAUUUAUUUUUUAAUGUUAUUAUUCUAGGAUCACUUGGAAAUGUUAUAAUAAAAAAAAAAUUUAA